AUGAGUGUUAAUAAAACAGCAAUUCUAUCUGUAUACGAUAAGACUGGUCUCAUUGACCUAGCCUCCGAACUACACAACUUGAACGUGAGGCUCCUCGGUUCGGGUGGCACGGCGAAAAAGAUACGCGACGCUGGUGUGCCUAUCACUGAUGUUUCAGAGAUCACAAAUGCACCAGAGAUUUUAGGAGGACGCGUCAAAACAUUGCAUCCAGCUGUACACGGAAUCCUUGCACGCAAUAUUGAAAGCGACGAAAAAGAUCUCGUCGCUCAAAAAAUACAAAAAAUCGAUUUUGUAAUAUGUAAUCUGUAUCCAUUCAAAGAAACUAUCGGCAAAGAUGGAUUUACUGCUCAAGACGCAAUCGAGGAAAUUGAUAUUGGUGGCGUAACUUUACUACGAGCCGCGGCAAAAAAUCACGAAAGAGUAACAGUUCUCUCUGAUCCAAAAGACUAUGCUACAUUCUUGGCGGAGUUGAAAACUUCUGGAGGCGAGAUUUCAGAGAAUACUCGCAAAUCUUUUGCACUAAAGGCAUUCAAUCACACUGCCGAAUACGACGACACGAUUGCAAAUUACUUUCGACAACAAUACGAGCAAAAUAUCUCGCAGAUUACAUUACGAUAUGGCGCUAAUCCACAUCAGAAACCUGCACAGGUUUAUGUAAAGAGUGGGCAGUUGCCGAUACAAGUAUUGUCUGGUGCACCUGGUUACAUCAAUUUACUUGAUGCCUUGAAUGGAUGGCCAUUAGUAAAGGAAUUAAAAAAAGCAUUAUCCUUUCCAGCAGCCGCGUCCUUCAAACACGUGUCACCAGCCGGUGCGGCUAUUGGUGCUCCAUUAAGUGAUAUUGAGAAAAAAGUCUAUUUUGUUGACGAUCUAAAAGAGUUUUCACCUUUAGCUAUUGCGUAUGCUCGUGCUAGAGGUGCUGAUAGAAUGUCUUCAUUCGGGGAUUGGAUUGCACUCAGUGACACGGUGGACGUCUCAACCGCAAAGUUGAUAUCGCGUGAGGUUUCCGAUGGUGUGAUUGCUCCAGGAUAUGAAUCUGAAGCACUAGAUAUCCUACGAAAGAAAAAAGGAGGGAAAUAUACUAUUAUACAGAUAGACCCUGAAUACGAACCUCCAGCACUAGAAACGCGUCAAGUAUACGGAUUAUAUCUACAACAAAAGAGAAACGAUGUCGUUAUCACGCCACAAAUAUUCGAAAACAUCCUUCCUCAAACCGCACUUCGAGAUUUAAUUGUGGCCACGAUUGCUCUCAAAUAUACACAAUCGAAUUCGGUUUGUUACGCGAAAAACGGAAUGGUCAUUGGUCUCGGGGCUGGGCAACAAUCGCGUAUUCAUUGUACGCGUCUUGCCGGUGACAAAGCAAAUACCUGGUGGCUUAGACAUCAUCCCAAAGUGCUAGAAUUCGAUUUCAAAAAGGAGACAAAACGAGCCGAGAAGAGUAAUGCUAUCGAUCUUUAUAUUCUUGAUAAGAUUGGAGAGGGCCAAGAAAGAAUUUCCUGGGAAUCGAAUUUCAACAAGAUUCCUCAACCAUUAACACCCGAAGAACGAAAAUCUCAUCUCGCGUCUUUAUCUGAUGUCGCACUCUCUUCUGACGCCUUUUUCCCAUUCUCUGAUAAUAUUCAUCGAGCACAUCAAUCUGGGGUCUCGUAUAUCGCUGCUCCUAGUGGCUCUAUUCAGGAUGACGAUGUUAUCAAAGCAGCCAAUGAACAUAAUAUACUUUUGAUACAUACGAAUGUUCGGCUUUUCCAUCAUUAA